AUGCCUGCGAAAUCGAGAUUUACGCGGCUUGAUGCCUUCACCAAGACCGUCGACGAGGCCCGGGUCCGCACGACCUCGGGAGGAAUUGUGACGAUAGCUUCAUUGCUGAUAGUGCUAUACUUGGCGUUUGGGGAAUGGACGGAUUACAGGCGGAUAGCCGUCCACCCAGAACUGAUUGUGGACAAGGGAAGAGGUGAAAAAAUGGAAAUACAUCUGAACAUUUCCUUCCCCAGAAUUCCUUGUGAGCUCCUAACACUGGACGUAAUGGACGUUUCCGGAGAGCAACAGACGGGGGUUAUGCAUGGAGUCAAGAAAGUCAGACUUGGGCCAGAAGCAGAGGGUGGGAAAGAGAUCAGCAUUGAGUCUCUGGAUUUGCACGGCGACGAUCAAGCUACUCAUCUGGAUCCCGACUACUGCGGUGGCUGCUACGGCGCGACUGCUCCCCCAAAUGCAAAGAAGGCUGGUUGCUGUAACACCUGCGAGGAGGUUCGAGAGGCCUACGCUAGUGUCUCCUGGGCCUUUGGACGAGGCGAGAACGUCGAGCAGUGCGAGCGCGAACACUACGGGGAAAAAUUAGACGCUCAAAGGAAAGAGGGGUGCCGAAUUGAGGGAGGGAUACGUGUCAACAAGGUCGUAGGAAACUUCCACAUUGCGCCAGGAAGGAGUUUCAGCAACGGAAACAUGCAUGUCCACGACUUGAACAACUACUUCGACACGCCCGUACCUGGUGGCCACGUUUUCACUCAUCACAUCCACUCUCUCCGUUUUGGACCGCAACUCCCUGAAAGUGUCACCAAGAAGCUAGGAAACAAGGCUUUGCCAUGGACUAAUCAUCACAUUAACCCGUUAGACGAUACGCGGCAAGUCGCUCCCGAGACUGCUUACAAUUUCAUGUACUUCGUAAAGGUUGUGCCCACCUCGUACCUUCCCCUAGGAUGGGAUAACUCAGUCACUAGUGAGCAACGCAUCGACCAUGUUGAUAUUGGAUCUUACGGCCAUUUGGACGACGGCAGCGUCGAGACACACCAAUUCUCCGUCACCAGCCACAAAAGAAGCUUAAGCGGCGGUGAUGACGGAGCUGAGGGCCAUAAGGAGAAGCUCCACUCCCGUGGUGGUAUCCCCGGAGUCUUCUUCUCAUAUGUAAGUUCCCACUUCUAUCCCCAAAAGAUCUCGACCAACAAGACCCAGGAUAUCUCCCCCAUGAAAGUCAUCAACCGCGAGGAGCGCGCCAAGAGCCUGGCAGGUUUCCUCACAGGCCUCUGCGCCAUCAUCGGAGGAACUUUGACCGUAGCGGCAGCCGUCGACCGUGGCGUGUAUGAGGGCACCACGAGGCUGAAGAAGAUGCAAUCGAAGAACAUGUAA